CAACACACCCGAAUACACAUGUUCUCUUCCACUCUCAAAAAAACGAUCACAUGUUGCUGCUCAAAUAUUUUUCAGAAACAGAUAGAAACAAAACCUUUCCAUUUCAUACAUACACAAUCGAAUAUCGGAUAUACUGAAGAAAAGUGUGAGAAUAUCUUGAGAAUGGAAGAGAACAGAUCGUUCGAGCAAAAGCAUUUAGAGAGUCGAUCUGCAGAGAUUUAAGCAAAUUUAGUCUGCGCAAGUCGCGGUCGACUUAAAAUAUCUUGGUGCUUAAUUAUUUUUUUAAUUUCUUGUUAUAUUCAUUGCUAAUCCACAAUUAAGAUACAUUAAAAGAUCAAUAAGAAGUACAUGAUGGACGAGAAAGACUCAAAAAAAGCAUACAUCCAGCAACGAGGAACCAACAACAACAAUAGCAUGCCUGUUGAAAGAAACUUAUUAGCAUCUGUAUGUUGGCCGUUUCGAAGAAUUUUUGACAUUUUUAUCAAUCUAUUUCACAACUCAUGCACAGACUCAACAGAUGGAAGAAUGUCAAGGAGAUUCCGUCGAUGGACAAAUCGGAUAAGGAAUGCAUUUCGAAGGAAUUCGAACAGACAGAAUAUUUAUCAUAUUAAUGAAUAUCCGCGACUUGUACUUCCGAAAAUUAAUGUUGAGUAUGAAUAUAACAUGAAUCAUGAGAACAGAGGAAUUGCUGUGAUUUACAAUCAGGAAUAUUUUGCUAAUAAUACGGGAUUUCAAAAACGUGACGGAACAGAUGUUGACCUUGAUUCACUCAUAAAAUCACUUGAACGACUAGAUUUUAAAGUGCUGUAUUUUAGUGACUUAAACAAAGAUGAAUUGAUCAAAAGUCUCAGAAAAGUUUCAUCAAUGGAUUACUCAAAAAGUGACUGCAUCUUAAUCGCAAUUUUAUCUCAUGGACAACUUAACAGAAUAUUCAGCAGAGAUGAUUCUUAUCACAUAAGCUUAAUCACAUCAUUCUUCACUGAUGAAAAUUGCCCAUCAUUGAGAGGAAAGCCAAAAGUCUUUCUCAUUCAAGCAUGUCGUGGAGGUCAGUUUGAUUAUGGUUAUGAUAUGCAAAACUCGUCAAAUUAUAGGCUGAGAAGGGUUAAUAUGGGAUCAUAUGAAGAUGUUGAUGUAACUGCGACUGGAUUAAUGCAUUCUGCACUUUAUGAAACAGAAAUGGUGCACAACCCUCCAAAUCACCCUGAUUUCCUAAUUGUCAGAUCAACAAUGCCAAAUUACGUGUCAUUCCGAAAUAAACAGAAUGGUUCGUGGUUCAUUCAAGAUUUAUGUACUGAAUUAAAUAAGUAUGCUAAUGAACUGGAUUUGUUGACUUUAUUAACAUUUGUCAAUGGUCAAGUUGCCCUACGAGAAAGCGUUCCUGAUAAAGGCAAACAAACGAUCUGCAUUUCAAGCAUGUUGACAAAGCGUCUAAUAUUCCAUGCCAAAAACAGGUUGGAACAAUCAUGAGUCAUAUGGGAAACUUUUUCAAUGUCACUUUGCAAUUCUAUAAGCUAUUAAGUUUAAUGUUGAAAUUCAGAUAAAUUUUAUAAUUUAUAAAAUAAUUUGACUUAAGGAACUACACUGUUGUUACCAUUUUUAAUUAACUUUCUCAUAAAAAAAAGUUAAAUCUUACAAAACCGUGCCGAGCAACAAUAAAUUGCGAAAUAUUUUCUAGUAACUAAAAAAUGCAA